AUGUCUUGCUCCAGCCUGUGCUAUCCAGAAUGCGGGGUGGCCCGUCCCAGUCCAGUUUCCGGCAGCUGCAAUGAGCCGUGCGUUAGGCAGUGCCCUGACUCUCAAGUGACCAUCCAGCCAUCACCGGUUGUCGUGACCCUCCCAGGACCCAUUCUCAGCAGUUUUCCUCAGCAGAGUGAAGUGGGAGCCGCUGGAGCACCUGUGGUCGGACCUGGCUAUGAAGGCUCCUUUGGUUUGGGGGGAUUGUUCGGCUAUGGAGGCAAUUAUGGAGGAUUGUAUGGUUUCGGGGGCCGUUCUGGUUAUGGGGGCCUUUCUGGUUACGGGGGAGGUUACGGAGGAUUGUGUGGUUAUGGUGGAGGUUAUGGUUAUGGGGGAUUGAGUGGUUACGGGGGCCGUUAUGGUGGACUGUGUGGUUACGGGGGAGGUUACAGAGGAUUGUGUGGUUACGGGGGAGGUUACGGUUAUGGGGGAGCAUGCGGUUCUGGGGUAUCUUGCCAUAGGUACCUGAGUGGAAGCUGUACACCAUGUUAA